CUGCGCACUGCAUCCACUCUGCGCGUCUGCUGGAGGAGAUGCGCAUCGCAUAUUUCCAACCAACCGCGUCUGUCCCUGUCCACUAGUCUUUUGGACCACUCUGCUGGUGGAAACGGGGCACGUGUGUGCAGUGGAUACGCCGGAGCUCUGUGAUUCGUGAAGUAAUCGUCGAGCGCUUUCAGGAAUACGCGGAACAUCUCCGCGCACCGAGAGGGAAUAAACCUCAUUUUCACCUACUCGUGCUUUCGAGGGGCAUUAAUUUGUUACUUAAAGUGAGAGACCGAUAUUGGAAAGAUGUUGCCGACGAAAUUAGGGGGGUAUAGGGGCUGAGGUUUAUCCCAUCACUGAAUAUGGAGUAAAACCCCACGUCUUUUCUUGUUUUAAGUGGGAAUACAAGAGUAUCGCAUCACAUCACGAUUAUACGUCUCGCAUUCAAGGGAAAAAUCAUUCCAUUCACAAGCAAUUGGAUGAGAGUCAUACUUGCCCUUGGCAACUAAAGAUGACGUUACUAUGGAAACGACUUGUGGUGCUAUCAAUCAUUGGCUGCCUAGCAGCUCAAGCAGAAGAUGGCAAGUUUUUCGGUCCAAGCUGGAAAACCGAGCCAGAGAACCUGAUACUUCCCAUCCAUUCUACUGAACAAGAGGCUGUUUUAAGCUGUGAUGCGUCUGGCGUCCCGUCUCCUCAAUACAGAUGGUCUCUAAACGGAACGCUCAUUGAUCUUCGUGGCGACGAGAGGCGUCGCCUGUCUGGAGGUAACCUGAUCAUUACCGGCCUGGAUCGAGACCAAGACAGCGGCAUCUACCAGUGCGCUGCCUUCAAUGCCCGGGGAACCGUUCUCAGCCAGAAAGCCACACUACAAUUUGCAUAUUUGGAAAACUUCAAAACGCAGAUGAGAAGUGCUGUGAAUGUGAGGGAAGGUCAAGGUGUCGUUUUGUUAUGUGGCACGCCUUUGCAUUCUGGAGAGCUUACCUUCACCUGGGUCUUCAACGAGUACCCUAACUUCGUCCAGCAGGACAGCCGGCGCUUUGUAUCCCAAGAGACGGGGAAUUUGUACAUAGCUAAAGUGGAACCGUCGGACGUGGGGAAUUACACCUGCGUGGUCAACAACACUAUUACAAGGGAGAGAGUGUUUAGUUCACCGACGCCUUUAGUGCUGAGAAAUGAUGGAGCAAUGGGAGAGUACGAGCCCAAAAUAGAGCUUCAUUUUCCAGACACCAUCCCAGCUGCUAAAGGAUCGACACUGAAGCUGGAAUGCUUUGCUUUGGGAAAUCCAGUUCCUAAGAUCAGCUGGAGAAAAACCAGCGACGCCCCGUUUCCAAGCAAAGUCAAACUGAAGAAUUCCAAUGCCAUUCUGGAGAUUCCGAAUUUUCAGCAGGAGGAUACUGGGACGUAUGAGUGUAUAGCAGAAAACAGUCGGGGCAAGAAUUCGGCACGGGGUCGAGUGUCUUUCCAUGCGACACCUCAUUGGCUGCAGGCGGUGACGGACACGGCAUUGUCCAUUGAGGAGAAUCUGCUUUGGGAGUGCAAAGCCAAUGGAAAACCAAAGCCCUCCUAUACCUGGCUGAAGAAUGGAGAGACUCUCAUGUCUGAGGGCCGAGCGCAGAUAGAGAACGGCGCCCUUUUCAUCUCCUCGCUGAAUCUUUCGGAUGUUGGGAUGUACCAGUGUGUGGCAGAGAACAAGCACGGGAUCAUUUAUUCCAGCGCCGAACUGCUGGUACUCGCCUCUUCUCCCAGUUUUUCCCAGAAUCCUUUGAGCCGUGUGCUUAAGGCCCGCACGGGUAGUGAUGUUACCUUAGACUGCAGGCCACGUGCGUCGCCCAGAGCCAUUAGCCUGUGGAAGAGAGGGAGUGAGGUACUGCAAAGAAAUGAAAGGAUUUCUCUCUUCGCCAAUGGGACACUUAAGAUUGCCAACGUAACUAAGCGAGAUGGAGGUAGUUACACAUGCGUCGCGAAAAACCAGUUUGGCACCGCAAGCACAACCAGAAAACUGGUGAUCACCGAGCCCACGAGGAUCAGCCAGGGUCCUAUCAGCACAGAGAUCACUGUGGGCGAGAGCAUCGUGCUGCCCUGUCAGGUGACCGCUGAUCCAGCCCUGGACGUGGCCUUCUCAUGGGCCUUUAACGGUCAGCCUAUUGAUUUUAAUCAAGACGCGGACCACUUUGAAAGAGUUGGAGGGAGCUUUUCCGGCGACCUUAUGAUUCGAAACAUCCAGCUUAACCACGGAGGGAAAUACGUUUGCCUCAUCGACACAGAUGUCGAGAGUCUGUCCACUGAUGCAAUAUUGGUUGUUAAAGGUCCCCCCAGUCCACCAGAUUUGGUGGUGGUAGAAGAAGUCACGGAUAGCACGGCCCAGCUGUCAUGGAGCCCAGGACAGGACAACGGAAGUCCCAUUACAGGAUACGUCAUCCAGGGCAGGACUCCCUUUACUGUGGGCUGGCAAGCCGUUGACACGGUUCCUGAGGUGAUCAAUGGGAACACUCUGACUGCGACAGUAGUGGGUUUGAACGCCUGGGUGGAAUAUGAGUUCAGAGUUCUGGCCAGUAAUGGUGUUGGGAUGGGAGAGCCAAGUCCACCAUCCACCAAGAUCAGAACUGAGGACGCUAUGCCUGACACAGCGCCCACUGAAGUUGGAGGUGGAGGAGGAACCAAGUCGGAAUUAGUGAUAACGUGGGAGCCUGUUCCAGAGGAGUUGCAGAACGGAGAGGGCUUCGGUUACAUCAUCGCCUUCCGUCCAGUGGGCACGGUCACUUGGACCCGCGCCGCGAUCUCAGCGCCUAGCCUCACCCGUUACGUUUUCCGCAAUGACACCAUCCCGCCUUUCUCACCCUUCAAUGUCAAAGUGGGAGCGUUCAACAACCGAGGGGAAGGGCCGUUCAGCUCCAUAACAACCGUGUUCUCGGCAGAGGAAGUGCCGAGCGUAGCACCGGAUAAAGUUUUAGCAAGAAGUCUGUCGGCGGCCGACAUCGAGGUUUCCUGGGAGCCUAUCCCAUCCACACCCGAAAGGGUUCUUGGAUUUGAGGUGGUGUACUGGGAAGACGACACCAAGCCGGAUACGGUGGGUAAAGUGAGGAUUACUGGAAACUACACAGCGGUGAAUGUUAGCGGACUGCAGGGGAACACUCAGUAUUAUGUAGCGGUGUGCGCUUUUAAUACUGCAGGAACCGGCCCUCAGUCUGCACCCGUCAAUGUCACCACUAAAAAACCACCACCUGGGCAGCCCCCUCAAAAUGUAGAGUGGAAUCUGAUUGGCUCUCAGCUCAUGCUUCAGUGGGAUCCAGUCAUAGCUCUCGAAACAGAAUCUGAAGUCACUGGCUACAUAAUACUGUACAGAAGACAUCGAAAUAACGACAUGUACUCCAUCAUCACCAACAAAACAUCCGUGGAAUUGACCCUCAACCCAAACGACAACUACGUCAUACAGAUCAAGACCCUCAGUGAAGGGGGACUGGGGGAAGGAAGUGAGCCAAUCCACAUCCACCAACUCAGCAUGGGUGCUCGGGGAUCCAAAGCGGGAAGGCUGUGCGCUCUCUCUCUCUCUCCUCUGCUAAUAUGCGCUCUGUCGACGCUCAGUGCCUCCUGAUGUUUGAGCACCAGACACGGGCACAGUGAAAAACACGUACAAACUUUCUGCUCUUCGCGCAAUCGAGUCUUAUCCGAUGGGAUUCCCCAACUCCGGCGGCAUGUGUGUUGGAGAUUCUGCAGGAUGUUGAAACGUCACAUGGGAGAAUUCCUCAUUUGUCAACAUGAAACAGAUUUAUUGAGGUGUUUGGAUUGGCACAGAUGAGCUAUAGUAUUAUAACAGCUUGUUUGGCACUUUAAACCCAGGAAUAAGAAAUGCAACGGCUCGGUUCACACUGCACACAAAUCUGAUUUGGUUUUCAGAUCUUUGAGAGGGUUUGAUCCAGAACAUUGUUUUUGCGUUACACAUUUUGAAAUGCGUCUCGAAUUCCAGAAAAAAUUAAAUAAAGAAACGUCAUGACCAUUCAGAUACACAUGUGCCAAGAUCAGAUUGUUUAGACUACAAAAGCAAAUAGCCUUGAAUAUAAUGCACCAAAAAUCAGAUUUUUGCUGCCUGUUUGAACAAAGCCACAACGCUCAACGUUUCGUGCAUAUGUUGAUUUCUUUAUGUACUGUACAGUGCCAAUGUGUGCAUCCUUCAUCUUGCGCUCUGAUCUUCGAGAACAAACAAUGCCUUAAAUUCAUGUACGCACCAAAGUAGUUGACAGAAGUCGUGCAGUUGAGUUGCAUUCAAAGAGGACAAGGGCUGACAAAACUGCUAGAAAGAUGCUCUUAUGUGCUGAUUUUGGAUCUGUUUGUGGUUUCUUUUGUGUUAAGUUCUGGGUUAACAGUCAGGAGUCCUCUGCCAGUAGUUAAGAAAUAAACAUUGCUGUUCCGCUUCUACUACAGAGCCGUCAAAUUCAAAAAGGCUCUUUGUUGGGUAUUAGCAUUUUGUUUGACGCUUCAUGCCGGUUUAAUUAUAGAUGUGUUAAGCGUUAAGGCUUUUCCUGAGAGUUUUUGCUCCGAAUGUCAACCGGUUGAAACACAUCUUAGUUUCCUUUCUGUUGCCAUCCCGCUGUACCGCGCCGAUCACAACUCAUUCAUGCUUUUUACAUUGUACAAAAUAGGCAAAUUGCUAAAAAGCAUAAAAUUCAUACAAUAGAUUUGAAUAUGCCUUGAAAGCAUUGAAAGUGUCAGGCACUUUGGAAAGCAAGCACUCGGUCAGAAUUACCAACGUCUCACGCACCUCUAUCAGUACGUAAAUAAAGACUCGAGAAAGUUUGUCAGAAGUGGCGAGAUGCGGAGCGUUGCUGGAAGUGGGACUUGCAUGAAAGUUUUAUAGCUCUAAUGGCCUUGCAGAUGUGAAAAGGUUAAAAGCCUUGCAAACAAGUUGCGUGAAAGACGAGUCCCCAGAGGUCCCUAGCAGUCUAUAUGUCUCAGAAUAAGGCCAUUAUUUAAGGUGCAUAGGACAUCGCACUCAUAGUAGAACAGGGCUGAACAGGGUUGUCGAUUUGGUCCCCGUAAAGACCACUUUCUAUACACCAUGGCCAAGCAUGAGCGAAGCAUUGAAGCCAGCUCUAGAUUAACUUGCUCAAGGAUGACUGACAUUUUAUAUAUAGUGUAGUAUCUGGGUGCCUUCAGCGAUUGAAAUUUAUAAAAACUAGAUAUACACUAAUAGGCACUAGACCUGUGCUGGGAUCCAGUAUUACAAUAUACUGCGAUAAUAAAGAUUGUGUACAUGUCAAAUACAUUAAUAAUUAGAAGUACUUUAUUAUCGGAAUUAUUUCGAUUAAAAAAAUGCGCAUUAGUUUCUUUUCCAUGAACUGGCUUUGUGUAUAAAUGAAACGUACAGUAUAUUAGAGUGACUAAAGCAUAAAAAAGCAUGGAUUCUGUUAUAGUAAAACAUAGGUCAAAUAAUACUCUAUACACUUUUAUCUGGACUAAAACACGCCAGUCCAACAUUAGUUGAACAUUUUCAAAUUCUUUUUAAUUUGAAUGUUUUAUUAAAAUGAUUAAAAAAGUUAUUAUGAAAUAUUCCGAUUUUUUAAGUUGUCAAACUUGUUAUUAAAAGUAAAACAAUUAUGUUUUUCAACUUGAUUUUGUAACAAAAUGUGGCACCAUGAUAAUCUCGCAUACCGUGCUAAAAGCUGUAUUUACCGUGAUAUGGAAAUUUGAUAUCCGUCACAUGCCUAGUUGGCAACUAUGUAUUGCAUUACCAACAUACGGUGAUGCUCAUUUCAUGCACCUUCAAUUCAAUGUUAUUAAAAGGACAACAAUGCCUUUUUCAACCAGUUUUUUAAUACCGUAUACCGCGAUGAAAAGGAAUAGCAUCAAGCGCAUUUACCGUGAUAUGAAAAUUUGAUACCAUCACAUGCCUAGUCGGCACCUAUGUAUUGCGUUAUACCAGAAUAUGGUGAUGCUCAUUUCAUUCAGCUUUAAUUCUGAAUCACUAUUUGAGCCCCCAGUAAGACACCUCGAUAAUGACCUUUAACACGAGGUUGGCUGCCAGGCAGUAGUCCCUUCACCGGACAAUAUGUUUCUGGCUCUUUCAUGACAGUAUCAGGCUGCGGUAACUAUAAUUUGCACCCGUUCUGUUGAAAGUCAGAAGCAGACGCAAGGAAGUGAACCAAGGUGACACAGCCUUCUCUCUAACUGUUCUGAACAGGUGCGGUACAGCUCAUAAAAAAGUUAGCAAGAGGCUAAAAAAGAGGCUACACACCCACAAUCAGGACAGCCUAUCUGUUCUCCUUCGAGCAUUCAUAAAGGUCUGGGCACCUUGAUUAGGCUGCAGUGGCCCAGUCAAUGGGAUAUCGAUUUUUCUGCUCUAUACUGCGGCUGUCACAAUGCCGCCUCCUGAUUGACUGAUGCCGAUGUUUCUGUUGGCCAUCUUGGAUUGAGUUUGCGCUUUGAGUGUCAGAAAUGACCUUGCCCUUUCUUCUUUUAGUGGUAACCGAGUGGAAUGUUGGCAAAAUAGUUCUUAGUAGAUGAACUCACCUCUUAUAUACUUUUUCAUUAAGAAAUAUCUUUACAGUAAUGCAUCACACUACAUAAGAGAAGUUUCAAGAAGUCAAUUGGCAAACAGCAUUUCAUGUUGACUUUAAAGGGAGUGCCACAGACAGUUUUACUUGGUUUUGUACGGUUGAGUGUUCUUUAUAGUUCCGUAGUUUGAAAUGAUUUAUAAGCAGUACAUUAUUUGGGAAACUGCUUUUUUUAUUUAACAUAGUAAAAUGACAAUAGACAUGGUCUGUAUUAUUUUGUAUUACAGUAAUUACAAAGCGAGCGCUGCUUAUUAAUUGCACCCCUUGUCGCUAAUAACAUGUUACCAAUUGGUGAUUUUUCCAUUUCCUGUUUGGUUCCUUUUAUUCUAAUGCGGACCGUCAGCCUUCAGUACACUAUUAGCUAUUGAUGCAUACCAAUGCUGAAACAAUAAUUGUUGUUUAAUGUUUUUUUCGUACUCUUACAGUUGUGCUUUCUAAUUCCCCUCAUUUUGUGUAAACAGUAUAAUCAGUGAGUUUCAUUUCUUCCUAUUAUGGUUUCCCCUUUGGCUAAACUUUAAUGAUAUGUUCAUAAUCCGAGCUCUUAAUGACAUGAGAGAUCUUAUCAAUACAAUCCAAUUACGUUUCUUAGUAACCUGAAAUGAAAAAUGACCCUACCUUUGCCAGAUGUAAAUAGCUGCUAUAUAUUUUUAGAGUCGGCCGGCUUUGACACGCCCUUUUCUAUAGCACACGGCCCUGAGAAUUUAAUACUGAUGUAUUAAUGAAUAAUCUCUGUGAGAUGCCUUGCAUAGAAUUGACAUUUUCAUAUUGAAAAGUAACCGUUUUGUCUUGUAUACUAAAUCUGUGCAUGUGGCAAAUUGUUUGGUGAAUUUGUGUUGAGUUUUAUAAUCCUGUUAAAAACUUAAUAAAAACGU